UCCUGGCUUAACACGAUUCCAGAAUCAGCAAAAUUCGCACUCUCACCUUACGAAUUCCGUUUGGCGUGUUUGCUGAGAUUGGGUCUAUCUUUGCCGGCUGUCAGAUGGAUUGAGCAGUGUGAUUGUGGAACUGCAUUAGACGAAAUGGGAUACCACUUGCUGACUUGUAAGAAGGGUGGUGGGCCUGUUUGGUCACACGAUUCGAUAGUAAGUGAAUGGGAUGACUGUUUGCGGCAGCUGCAGAUUCACCACAAAAAGGAACCGAGGGACAGAUACAAUGAUAGCAACAACAGACCGGACAUCGCUGUCUUUGAUGUUGGCUCUGGUGCCAAUGUAGAACUAGAUGUAGCCCUUUCACAUCCAUGGGCAUCGGACAUUGUGAGUCAGGCUGCUGAGAAAGACGGGGCAGCAGCAGCAAGAAGAGAGGACAGGAAGACAAAAAAAUACAGUGAGCUAAAGCUCGCUGGAAUGUCUUCAAUGAGAUUUGUUCCCCUCGUCAUGGAACACUUUGGUCGCUGGGGUGAAGAAGCCACAAAGUAUCUACAGGAACUAUCUCGCCGAUCAUGUGAUGAUGCUGGCAACAAUAACUGCAAUGAGUUUAUGUGCUUUUGGCGAAAGCGGUUUUCAAUAACACUACAGCGGUGCAAUGCAAAGACAAUAGCAAAAAAAAUUUCUAUUCUUACCUUUAAUAGUUGUAACACUGUAGAUGACUUUGUCACACAAUUUUACAUACAUUAGGUAUAGAUAGCAGUAUAGUUGUAGUGGCCGCAUAGAGCCUGCUUAAACUCACCUUCUCUUCAUUAGCCUGUAGUAGUGUUCAUGUUUGAAAUAUAUGAGGAUUGACAGACAGACAGACAGACAGACACACAGACAGACAGA